UGAUGAAAGGUGUUAUUUAUCGAGGUCAGGGAGGUGAGUUCAACGGAUUACAGUUUCAUGCUGUUUAUUAAAAACAAAUCACAACUAUCCAACUAAUAUAACGCGAUUAGACAGAUGUUUGCACACGUUUGGACAGCAUUUGGUGAGGUUGGGUGAAAGAUUCGAGAAAUUAACAAGCGUCAAACAGCAGAUUUUCUGUAGUCCACAAACUACAAAUCCCAACCUCUCUCGCCUUUUAACAGAAAAAGCAAAGCCACACUUGCGCCGUAAGGGAAAGAAGUGGAUGCGUUGGGGACACAGUAGGGGAAGGGAAAGAGACGAGGUUUUUCAACAUAAAUGGAGGUUCAUCCGUAGCGGUGAGAGAAGAGCAGCUGCAAAAAAAACAAAUACAAGUCAAAAUGGCGAAAGAGCAGGAGGUCGAACGCAUUGCUAAAACGCUGGACAAAAUGGUGCACAAGAAAAACACGGAUGGUGCCAUAUAUCUGCUGAGGGAACUGAAGAGCAUGAAGAUGUCUCUGGAGACUCUACAGUCCACCAGGAUCGGCAUGUCGGUGAACGCGGUGAGGAAGCAGAGUUCAGAGGAAGAGGUCCAGACUCUGGCCAAGUCACUCAUCAAGUCCUGGAAGAAACUACUGGAUGGUGCUGAGGGAAAGGCUGCGGAGGAGAAGAGGAGGGAGGGCUCUCCGCUGAGGUCAUCAACGUCCAAGGACAGUCCUGGAUCCAGCGACCAGAGCAAGAAACUGCCUGAGCCCCCUACGACCCCCACCACCCCUACGACCCCCACCUCUCCAAAGUUCACCUCCUUCCCCCAAGCCCCCGUCACCACUGACAGCGUACGCACCAAGUGCCGAGAGCUGCUGGUGGCUGCCCUGCAGACCGACGAUGACCACAAGACCAUUGGAGCAGACACGGACAACUUGGCUGCUCAGAUUGAGGACUGUAUCUACCAGGAGUUUAAGUCGACAGACCAGAAGUACAAGUCCAGACUGAGGAGCCGUAUCUCUAACCUGAAGGACCAGAAGAACCCGGACCUCCGACGCAACGUCCUCGCUGGAAACAUCUCUGCUGACCGUAUCGCUAGCAUGGCUGCUGAGGUACGGGGGGGGUGGCGUAUCGCUAGCAUGGCUGCUGAGGAGAUGGCGAGCGCGGAGCUGAAAGAGAUGAGGAAGGCUUUGACCAAGGACGCCAUCAGAGAGCACCAGCUGUCUAAAGUGGGCGGGACCGAGACGGACAUGUUUCAAUGUGGCAAAUGCAGGGGCAAGAACUGCACCUACACACAGGUGCAGACGCGCAGUGCUGAUGAGCCCAUGACCACCUUUGUACUGUGCAACGGCUGUGGAAACCGCUGGAAGUUCUGUUGAGGAGAAGAUAUUCUGGAUUUGCUAGUAGAAGAGCUGACCUGGAUGAAGAAAUAAACCUGGACCUAAAUUUUGUUACAACUGCAGACUGUUUUUUUUUUGUGCUUUUUUAAAUUCUUUUUUUAAUACUUUAUUUGAUUUUUUUUUUUACAUUUAACUCAUAAAUCUGUAGAAAAUAUUUUUGCCAUUUUUGAUUUAAUAUCCUUUUUUUUUUUAAAUAUAUAUUAAAUCACACUAGCCCUGGGUGCCUUUUCUGGUUCUGUUCACUUGCCUCAACCUCUUAUGGAAUGUCAUGUUUGGUUUGACAACAACAGGUUGGCAAGAGCACAAACUGUUCUGGGACCAGGCCGAAGUUGGACACUUGCUCUUAAAACAACAUUUUGGUUUGCUGUUCAUUAGUUGAAGCUCUCUCUUACUAAAAAAUAAAAAAAAUAUCUUAAUUUUUUUUUUGGGGGGGGGUGACUUUCUUUGCCCCUCUGUGCCACAAAUGAUCAUUUUACUGUUAGUUUUAUACACUUGCUGUAUUGAGUGUGUGUAUACACUCUUAGCAUAAGUCCCAAAUGCCACCCUAUUCCCUGUAGUGCACUAUAAAGGGAAUGGGGUAACAUUUGGAUACAUAAUUGCUGUAUAUAGAACACACCGUUGUUUCACUGUAUUCUGAAUCUACACUCUUACAUAUUCAGUACCACUCAAAACUCUGAAAUUGACGAAUAUGGAAUCAUGUAGUAACCAAAAAAAAAUAAAGUGUUCAAAAUGAAUCAAAAUAGUUUUUUUUAUUUUUUUUUAUUCUUCAAAGUAGCCACCCGUUGCCUUGAUGACAGCUUUUGCACACUCUUGGCAUUCUCUCAACCAGCUUCAUGAGCUACUCACCUGGAAUGCAUUUCAAUUAACAGGUGUGCCUUGUUAAUUUGGUUAAAAACCCUUGAAUGAGAAGUAGGAGUGUUCCAUUUUUUUUGACUGGUACUGUAUGAAUAAAAUACACAGAUUCUUAGUUCUGUUUUGGUUCUUCCAUAAACAAAUGAGAGAAACAGGAGGAUCUGCUAGAAGAUGAUAGAAUGAGAAAGGUUUGAGGAGGACAGUUUCUCCUCUUUUCCUUCUCUGCUUGACCUUUACUAAAAGGUUAGCGGAGUACUAGAGAAGGAGCCUGAUAUCCAAAUAGAGUUUGCUACUUUUUCCUCUCCUUUCUGUUAAAACAAUUAUAAACUGUAGUUCAGACUACUGGAGUAAAAGAGCCUCCUGACAAACUAUCGACUGGUUUGAAAAGUUUUGUCAUGCAAGUGAUUUAUUUUGUAUUGUCAACAUUUUGUCCUCCCAAUGGUAACUUGUGUAAAAUUUGAAUUAAAAACGGAUGUAAGGAGUGUGGAAAGAGA